AUGGCUAAUUCAAGGAAGUUUGGAAAGCAACUUUCUCUUAAUGAGAUUAUUGAGGAAUUGGCGCAAAAUGAUGAUGACAUCCCAGAAUCUAUUACAAUAAUGCCACCGAAAAAUUGUAAUGCUGAGGUAACGGAUGAAGACUCUGGAGAUGAAGACUUGGUGUCACUUCAAAACUUGCCGGGAUCUCAACUAAGGCCUGCUGCUGAGGUCCAGUAUGGCAACAGCUGUGAUGAUUUGGAGAGUGAUGAUGAUCUAUCAUUAGCCGAACAUCGCAAAGCGACCCCGUACCCUCCCGGCUUUGGCCGAGGAGGUCAAGGACUUGGAUUUGUUUACAAAUUAACAAUCUGCGUAAACACUGCUAUCAGCGAGGGAAAGAGCGUUUCCGCGGCCACUAAGAAGCUCAUCAAUCUGGCCAUGGAGGAGAUAAGACGUUCCACCCGCAACCUAAACACCGUUAUUGCGUCAACAACCCCAUCUGCACUAGGAGAAAUAAAGGAGGAGUUGCUUUCAUGCGUGAAAAAAGAAAUGGCAGACUUCAAAAAGAUGGUGACUGCCUCACAAGCGCGACCAUCUUAUGCCCAAGCAGCUGCUUCCACUUGUGGUGGCAGGACUCCUGCGAUUAACAAGACCUCUCCACCCUCCAUCCUCCCGGUGACCAAACCAGCUAUUAUAGUCAGCUCAACCGAACAGUCGAAGACACCGGAAGAAGUAAUCAAGAAAUUUAAAACCAGCUACAGUUACAGGGAGUCAACUUACGCACCAGCCCGCAUCCAACGUGUCUCCAAUAAUAAGCUACGUAUCGAAUUUGACAAUCAGCAACAACGCGACGACACACUCUCUCGGCUAGAGACAUCUGAUGAGGUCAAGGCCGAGCCUGUGCGAAGCCUCAGACCCAUGGUUAUCCUCAAGGGGAUAUCUAAAGACGUGCCAGUUGAGGACUUAGUGAAAAUCAAACGCCACCAAAACACAGAACUUGCGGAGAUUGCGAACGACAGCAUCGAUCUCAACGACACAUAUUUAUCGCUCAGAUUCAAGCGUAAUAAUAGGAAUGAGAACUUAUAUAACGCAGUUUUCCUAGUAGGUCCAAAAUUUUACAGAAAGAUGAUGAUAUGGGCCGCGUAUGCAUCGACCACCAGCGAAUCCACCUGGAAAAUUUUUCACCCUUUCUGCAAUGUCAUAAAUGCCUACAGUUUGGACAUAUGA